CUCGUUUCAUCAUCUCCUUUCAUCAUGCAUGAUCAUCUCGCAUUGCAUUAUCAUCUUAUUUCGUCAGAUUUUCCUCAUCUUCUUUCGUGGUUUCAGGACUAUAAAUAGGCUUCCGCGUUAACUAAAAGUCAGAUUGUAAGAUUUAUACUUUUUCCGUGUUUUCUUUAUCUCGUUAUUUUCUAAAUAAACCGUUUUCGAUUAUAACCCUAUAACAUUCGGUAACACAAAUCAAGCAAUCUCUGGUGACAGCAAAGCCUUUAGAGCCACAUAACAACGCCAUACUUAUCUCAAAUGGGUCCUUCCGAUUUCUGUGGAAAAAAGAUUUAGGAAAAAAGUCAAAAAGAUCCGUGCGGGAUUCGUAUUACAGUCUUUUUAUACGCGAAUGUCGUUGAGAAAUGGUCCUUACUUUCUUACUUAAAAAUUAAAUUAAUGUUAUUAGAGCUCGGAGGCAGCAUAUCAGGUUACGAAGUAAUUCGUCACCGUUUCAUAUUUACACCUCCGCUUGCCAGCUUAAUAACAAUAACCCGUUCUUUUGUUUUAUUAGGCUUGUAUACGGUGAUUAGGAAUUGUUUACAUCUAAACUAAAUACAAACAAAAACUAUUCAGAAGAAGUGAAAGCAAUUAAAACAUCUAUUUUAAUAAAUGAAAAGAAAAGAGAUCUCCAUUUGCGCAUAAUAGAAUAAUGAAAUGUGAUGAGAUGUAUGACUAUAAUACCAGAUGAUUCUGGUUUGUGCUGAAAUAUAUGGCUUGGUGAAGAGUGAUGUAAAUUACUUGCUAUUGUUCGAUAAUAAUUGAAUUAUUGGCAACAUACCGCGACGGUCGAAACUAGAAACAUUGAAAUAAUGAAUCAAGAUUUGACACAGGUUUCAACUAUUUUAAACGUACUAGGAUUAGAAACACUAAACGAACAAUCUUCGGCAUUAGACGCAUACGGAGAAAGUUACUCUAACAUGCGAACAACAACAGAAGCAAAUUUGGUUGUUGUUCCGUACGUCUAUUUCUUACCAAACGACAUUUCUUCGAUGUUAAUAUUGAUCUGGUUAAAUAUGCGCCAAAAAUUGCUCCGUACAAAAAUCCUGUUCGCGUAACUGUCCGUUUCGAAAGUUAUUUGUCCGCUGAGAUUGCGAUUACUGGACUACAAGCUUCUUAGCAUCUGUCUUAUAUUUUAGUUUGUCGGGGUCGCCCAAAUGUCGGGCGCUCAAAUGUCUGACGCUGAAAUGGCGGGCGCUCAAAUAUCGGGCGUACUUCUGAAUAACAUUGUAAAGUCCCUCAUAUGUCGGGAUCGCCCAAAUGUCAGGCGCGGAAAUGCCGGUCGCCCAUAUGUCGGGAUCGCUGAAAUGUCGGCCGCUCAAAUGUCUGACGCUGAAAUGGCGGGCGCUCAAAUAUAG